AUGGUUCUUCCAAUAAUGAAAUUCUUCUCUUGGCUGUUCCAUAGAGAUUCUAAAAAGGAUAGGAUUGACACUCUGAGGCCAAAUCUUGGAGGCAAGCUGAACUCAAGAAAUGCCUCUCCUGCUAUACUACCAAAUGGCGAACGAUCAAAGAAGUACAAGAAGGAACUAAGAAAAUCCAAAUCAAUGGCCAAUUUAAAGAGAACUUUUAGCACAUUGAAACGUUCCUCAUCAACCAGGAGAUUGUCUCCCCAAUCUAGACAACAAUUUGAUGAUGCUCUUGAGACAUAUCAAGAAGCACAACCACAGACUGCAACAUUCAAUCCGUUUGUCGGGGAUACACAUGAGCUCUUUAUUUACAGUCCAGCCAACUCAACGUACAACGGUACAAUCUGCCGUAAUUGUACUGAAAGCGAGUCGACUAUCUUUGAUAAGGAGAAUGCAUGCUCUCCUUUGUAUCUCUUGUCUGAAUCCCAAACUCCAAACUACCAAAUAAACGAAAAUUCGUCCAUGGAUCCUUUUCGACCACAACUACCAUCCCCUCUACACAAAAGAUUCAUCACUGGUCUGACAAUCAAGACACCCGUACCAAUAAACGAGAGACAGCAAUUUGAAGAAAUGCAAUCCGAGACAAGCUCAAGUAGUGACGGGACUGGAGAGAGUGAUUCGCACUAUUUAGUGUAUUCGGAUUCAUGUAAACACAACAUCUUUACCCCAAAAUUUAAGCCAACAAUUAGGUGUCCUUCAAUUCCCGCAGAUUCCCCUCAGCUAGAGCCAUCCACAAGCUUGCUAAACACUUAUAACAAUUUAAGAAAUACAAAGAGCAAUAGUGGAACCGAUAGCGGGGAUAAAAGUUUAUUUAGUGCAGUGAAUAAAGCUGAAUUGUGGGAUUACUCCAAGAUUACUUUGGUCUCUUAUAAUAAUUCUUAA